AUGACGGACUUGGUAUUUCCAGCUUUGGAAGAUGACCUAGCAAUUGACGCUCCUUUUGAAAUUGAACUUGAAGAAAUGGCCAGUGACAUUUUUACGCUCUCUGUGGUGGCUUUAGCAACAAACACUUUGGACAUUCCCAGCACCUACCUGACGAUGUUGGGCAGCAUGGCAUCUAUCAUUCCAGAAAGGAAGGAUACACAUCACAGUAUUCGUCAAAGUUUGGAUUCCCAUGAUAAUGUGGAAUUCGAAGCUGCAAUAUUUGCUGCUGCCAAUUUUUCUGCACAAACUUUUAUUGUUAAAGCACAGUGUUUGGUAGUUCAAUUGAGUUUAAUUUGUAAUGAUUUUCCUAUUGUAUUUAUCUCACCUAAUACUUUGUCUUUUCUCUACAGGGAUUUUGCUGCUGGCAUAUGUAAUAAAAUCAGUGAGAUGAUACAAGGUUUGGCCACACCUGUGGACUUGAAGUUGAUCCCUAUUCUACAGCACAUGCAUCAUGAUGCUAGCCUGGCCUCCAGCUCCCGGCAGCUGCUCCAGCAGCCGGUAACAUCAUAUCCCUCUACCAAGAUGGUCACUGUUACUCUGCACACUUUUACUCUGCUUGCUGCUGCUUCUUUGGUUGACAUUCCUAAGCAGAUCCAGCUUUUGUUGCAGUACUUAAAGAAUGACCCCAGGAAGGCUGUGAAGAGGCUUGCAAUCCAAGAUUUAAAGUUGUUGGCCAAUAAGACACUACAUACGUGGAGAAAAUAUUCAGGUUGA